AUGAAGAUGAGUAGCCACGAAGAUGCACCAGGGAAGCCUUUAAUGAGCAAGGUAAUUCGCAUAGCGUUGCAUAUUGUAGGUGCUUUUAAUUCAUUAAAGAAAAUGAGUUUCUUCGCCGACUGGAUGCCUUCGGCCCUAUACCCGUACGAGGAAAUAUCGAGCAGAGGCGUCAGUGUCAAAGAAGAGCUCAGCGAAGAUAUUACCGAGGAUACUUGUCUUGAAAUAAAGGAAGAACCAUUUGAUUAUACCGAUAGAGAGACAGAUGAAAUGAGCGACGUGAAAGCAUGUAACUUGUUUGAGGAUCGUGAUGGCAUGUUAGAAGCGCCAUUAAUGGCUGAGGAUUGUGGGAAUACGAGUUCAUCAGAUGGGGGUCAGGCGAUGCACAAGGAAAGUCUUGAGAAGGAUACACAACGAAAAGUGGAAGCCACAUUGAAUCGUUUUGUAUCUGAUGUCUGGGACAAGAAAUUGUCUCAAAAGAGUCAUAUAAACAUUCAUAUGAGAGGCCACACAAAGGAGAAGCCACACAGCUGUGCAAUUCGCAAUAAGGUCUUCCCAUCCAAAAGCUUUCUAGAAAAGCAUAUCAGAGUACAUACAAAGGAGAUGCCCUACUUAUACGAGAUUUGCAAGAAGGCCUUUGCUAAGAAAGUCGUCUAA